AGUGAAGGGGCGCAGGUCUUCAGGUGUUCAGGUCUUCAGGUGUUCAGGUCUUCAGGUGUUCAGGUCUUCAGGUGUUCAGGUCUUCAGGUCUUCAGGUGUUCAGGUCUUCAGGUCUUCAGGUCUUCAGGUCUUACGUGACUCUGUCGCCGAGAUGGAGAACUACAGCGUGGACGACUUGUUUCAGUUGAGAAGGAGGAGCACGAUGUCCAGACCACCUCCCCGCUGCUCUCUCUGGCUCCUCCUCCUCCUGCCAGUGUUCCAGUGACACCGACCGGCUCAACGUUUUAAAGACGACACUCAGAGAGCAGAAUGAAACUUGACUCUCCAAACAGAGCUGGGUAACAUGUCACCGAUCAAAGGUUUAAAUGCACACACACACACACACACACACACACACACACACACACACACACCGUCCUGCCAUCCGAUUGGCCGUGCCACGUGAGCCCAGGAGGACACGCCCCCACAGGUGAGGGAGCAGAGGAGUCGGUGCUGCAGGGUUCAGAUCCCCUCUCGGUCGGCGUGAUGACGGAGGACGACGUCAGGAGGAGCAGAGGAGGAGACGGAGACCACCAUUCUGAUGCAGAAAACGUGGAGCGACCGACGCUCAAAGAGCAGGAGCUGUCGGGCCGGAGGAAACCAGCGUUGGUCAGAUCAAAGACCUUCGAUCACUCUCUGCUGACUCAAGUCCAGACGGACCCGGACUCCAAGAUAGAGAGGAAGAAGUCUCACUACAGCCAGCUUUCGAAGAGCAACUGUCAGUACCAUAAACUAUUCAAGGAGAUCAGCAAAGAGGAACAGCUCAGACAGAGUUACACCUGUGCUCUGCAGAAAGACAUCCUCUACCAGGGCCGGAUGUUCGUCUCUGACCACUGGAUCUGCUUCCACUCCAAGGUGUUUGGAAAAGACACAAAGAUCGCCAUCCCCGUGAUGUCCGUCACGCACAUCAAGAAGACCAAGACCGCCAUCCUGCUGCCGAACGCUCUGGUGAUCGCCACUGCCAACGACAGGUACGUCUUCGUGUCCUUCAUGUCCAGAGACAACACCUACAAGUUCCUGAUGUCCAUCAGUCUCCACCUGGAGGAGAAGAGUCCGUGCAGCAGCCCCGUUCUGUCCUCAGCCCCAAACAGCUUCAGAGGUCAAAGGUCACCCCUGACGCCUCGCUUCCCUCGGAGCUUUCCGGGUGCGUUCUGCGACCUGGACGUGGCCGUGAUGCCGAGGAGGCGGGACCUGGAGGAGAGCAGCAGCUCGGACUCCCAGACCCCCGACGACGACAAGAUGGAGGAGUUCCCUGCUCCUCCACUUCUGCACACGUUGAAGCAGCCGGACGGUGCAGCGCCGCCCGGACAUCCGGACCUUCAGCAUAAAGGGAAGAACCAGCACCAGAAGCAGAACCAGAACCAGCACCAGAACCAGAACCUGCACCAGAACCAAGACAACAAGCAGCAGGACAAACGCCACGCUGGCUCAGAGCUGAUAAUUGACGGACGGACUCUGACAGUAGUUUCUCUCAACACUCUGCUGUUUGUCUACCUGUUACUAGUGUGUGUCCUGGUCCUGUCUUCCUGUUACUUGGCCUUUAAGAUCGUCUCAUUGGAGCAGAGGCUGACGACACUCGGCUCCGUCGCCGACUUCCCCGACCAGGAAAACGACUUCCUGCGGGGGAGCGGCGUGAACGCGGAGCUGUUCUCCGAACUGCUGACCAUCAACCUGAUGAAGCUGGAGAAGGUGCAGAAGAACCUGCAGAGGCUGCUGGACGAAGCGACCUGAAUGCACCGGAAACCAGUACAAUGUUUACAGUUCUGUAAAUAUUCUGUGAAUAAUAAGUUUAUUGUGGUCGUUAUGUUACGAACUGACACAACUGAGAUGUAUUAAUGCAUUAUAGUACAAUAGCAGUAUUAAAUACCACUAAACAAACCCCGGCUGGGUUUAUGGCAAACUUGGAAAAAGCUAAAUGUUAGAAUACGUUUUUUUCUUACAUUUAAAAAGGUUGUUUAGAAACCAACACUUUUUUCUCCAGAGUAUCCUUGAACACACCAUGGGUCAGAAAGCAAAUUCAAUACAUCCACUUUUCUGAUUGGUCCACCAUAUUGUUACUGACGGUAAAUUAUAUAUGAGAAGGACAUUUGUUAAAAUGAGCAUGUUUAUUAUCUCUAUGUUGACAUCACGGUGCCGUUCCUUAGUCGGCCAGCAGAGGGCGGAGUGACGCGGUGACUUUAAAGCUUCCAGUUGGUCACAGAGGUUUUCAACAGACUGUUACAGAGACUAAAUAUAUAAAUUCUACACACAUUUAAAGAUCAGAUUGUAUUUUCCUCUGUCUGGGAUUAAAGUUUCAUUUUUCCUGU